CCAUCAUCGAACGACACUGCUACUUUUUAUAAAGAGUCUCAGGACACAGCGCGAUACUAUGCAUAGUACUGUCGCGACGUCACGACUUUGCUGCAAAAGUGCAUUCAUUUAUUCUAUACAGACCUUGAAUCUUUGCAGAACGUUAUUACUGAAUAAUGAUGCCUCGAAGUAUCAGUUUGCCAGCACUGGAAGCCUAGCCUAGCCUGACAAGAAUGUCGGGAUGGUGUUCUUGGUGGUUCCAGUGCUGGAAAGCUGGCGAUUCUACCGCCAGCAUAAAGAGCGCUCAGAACGGGCCUUCAAGUCUGCUGAGCCCUGAGGGCAGCUCAAAAAGGCAUGUGAAGUCGGAGGCUGCAGUCACAGUCCUUGCAGACACUGCAAGCGGAGCGCCUGAGUCUCGGCUGCAAGGUCAGGCGCGCAUUGCUGGCACGGCACAGCUAUCUUUGGGUCCACCCAAUCAGGGCUCGUCUGGUUCACAAGAGGUUGAAGCACCGCUUGACAAGGGUCUGCAGGCUGCUCAUCCUGAUGCGCUCUCGGCCGCAGCCACGGCUGCCGUCGCGGCCGCGGCUGCCUUCACGCAGCUGCACAGCCUGCAACCGCUGCAUGGGGAGCUGACGCAGCUGACGUGGCUGGGAAGUGGCACGGGGGGCCGUGUGUAUUCGGGGCUGUGGCGCGGCACGCCUGUGGCCGUGAAGAUAAUUGUCAGCCGGACGGCAGACGAGGUGCGCGAGAGCAUGCGGGAGGCGAUCCUGGGGCGGGUGGCCUCGCACCCGCAUACGGUGCAGUGCUUCGCCUCGUUCUCGGGCUACAUCACGGAGCAAGACAUCACGCCGCGCUCUCCGGACCAGGGCCACGGGUUGACGCCGGCGUCCUCGGCCGCCGCGCUGAUGCACUUGGACCUGGACGUCGCCUCCGCCGCCGGCAAUACCAGCACUUCGCAGGCAGUGACGCCCACCGCCGGCUUCAGCAACCGCCACGGCGCGGCUGGGGUCGCCGCGCCCAGCAUCGCCGCGGCUGCCGCAUCGUCCAUGCGGGGCGCCAGCGCCACGGGUAUGUCGCCCGCGUCGGCGAUGCUUGCCGCCUCGGCGACUGCGUCGCCAGCUGGAACCGGCGGCGGGGUGCCGUACGCGGAGCUGCUGCCGCAGCCAGCGGCGGCGGCGUGGCCGCAGGAGCACUGCCUGCCGGAGCAGCCCGCCUCCAACACCAACACCCCCAGCAGCCAAACGCGCAACGUGCUGUCGCAGCACCAGCUGCAGCCGCUGGUGGAGGCGGUGGGGCAGGAGGCGGGGUCCGUGGCCUCGCGCAUGUCGCACGGCUCGCGGGACCGCGACGCGGAUGGCGCCACCGCUCAGCACGUCCACAGUACGAGCGGGUCAAUGGGCGGCGGCGUGGGCAGGAUUUCAGCUGACGCCGACGCUACCCUGCACUCGAGUCCCAGCGGCGGGCCGCGGGCUCGCCUGGGGCGUGUGCUAGUGCAGACUGGCGCUGACGCCAGCGUCGCGGAGGCGGCGGCGGCGGCGACAACUGAGAACGGCAUUGCUGGCGGCGCCGCGGGAGCAGGCAUCAACACGACCGCCGGCUCACGCUCCUCCUCGCUGCGGCACUCCCACCUCCUAGCUCGCGGCGCUGCCGAGCUGGCUCGGCUGCAGCAACAAAUCCAGCACCAGCAGCCGGGCACGCUGACGCCAUCGCAGCAGCGAGGUGGCGGCGCCGGAGCCGGCAGCUUCGGCGUGCCAGCCAGCAGCGGCCGCGGCGGCGGCGGCGGUUCCAGCCGCGCUCUUCGAACAACGCCGUUUGCGAGCGCGGUGUUGAUGUCACACUCAGCAACUGCCAACGCCGGCGCCGCCGGCGCAGUAAUCAUCGGCGCGGCGGCGCAGCUUGCUGGCGCUGCCGAGGACGCCGGUGGUGCCGGCGGCGCCUCGGCCUCCGCCUUGGCCGCCGCGCUGACUUCCGCCAGCGCCUUCACUCGCCUGUCCGCCACCGCGGCCAUGACCGCCACCGAAUCAACCACCGGCACGCAGUCGCGGGUCGCGUCCGCCGGCACCGGCCGCCGCCGCUCCUGCAGCCUCGCCCGCGGCACGCCGGCGGGCGCCACGUCCGCCAGCGGCGGCCAGGCCUCCUACGGCACGCUGGAGCACCGCAGCCUGUCGCUGGUGGGCUUGGGCAGCGCGGCGCACGCCGGCCAGAGCCGCACCACGCUAACGCUCAGUGACCUGCUGCUGGGGCUGAACGGCGGUCACGACGAGGGCGGCCACGGCGGCCAUGGUGGAGGCGGCGGCGGCGCGGGCACGUAUGAGCUGUGGCAGGUGCUGGCGGCGACGGGCGCGCUUCCGGGCCGGUACUGCACGCUGGUGGUCAUGGAGAUGUGCGACCAGGGUACGCUGCUGACGAAGGCGCAGCAGCAGCCCUAUCGCGCCGUGCGCUCGGCGGCGGCGGCGGGUGACCUGUUGGCGCUGCUGCGCACGGCGCUGGAGGUGGCGCAGGGCAUGUGCCACCUUCACAGCCUGGACAUCGUGCACGGCGACCUCAAGCCCAGCAACGUAUUGCUGCAGUCCAAUGCGGCCAGCCUCACGCUCAAUGGCGGCGGUGGCCGCGUGCUGGCAGGCCUGUCGGGCGGCGCGGCGGCGGCGGCGGCACUGGCGGCGGCGGAGCGCGAGCGCGACGCCCGCGGCUACACAGCCAAGGUGGCGGACUUUGGGAUGGCAUCCAAGGUCGAGGGCUCCUCUCACAGGGUGGUCAACGCAGCGGCGGGCGAGAACGGCGGCGAGGUGCCCAUCCUGGGCGCUGCAGCCAAGGAGCGCGGCUGGGGCUCUUUGGCAUAUCUGGCGCCAGAGGUGCCGGAGUAUGGUCCCACAAAGAGGAGCGACGUCUGGAGCUUUGGCAUGUGCCUGUACUUCAUGUGUUGCGGCAAGGCGCCCUACUGGCACUACACCAGCCUCAGGCCGGCGCAGAUGCUGGUGGGUAUCGUGGAGGGCUCUCUCGAACUGGACUGGCCGGAGGACACCUACCGCCUGCUGCGCCGCCUGGCGGAGACCUGCUGCCAGCACGACCCAGCCGCGCGGCCGCCCUUCUCGCGCAUCGUGCCCGCACUGCAGCGCCUCGUGCGACACAUCUGCUCCCACCCGGAGCCCUCUACGGCAUCCUCGGCAUCCGCCGCAACUUCCGGCGCCGCAGGCGCCGGCGGCACGCCAGGCGCGUCAGCGGCGGCAGUCGCAGUCGCCGGGGGGCGUCAGCAUGACCACUCCCCCGGGACCGGUGGUGGCAGCAUCGCCAAGGGCGCGGCAAUCGGAGUCAGCAGCGGCCUGGUCAACUUGCGCCAGGGGCAGGGGCAGGGCCACCGCCAGCCUCGCUCGCCCCGGGCUGCCACCAUGAACAGCAACAGCGGCGCCUACAGCGGCGCCUUGGACCACGGCAGCAGCGGCAUCGUAAACCAGGAGCUGCACCCCUCGCCGCUGCAGCUCUUCGCCAAGUGCCUCACGCUGCCCGCCGCCGGCUCCGCCUUGAGCCUGACGCCCAGCGCCCCGGCAUUCGGCCCGGCGGCAGGCGGCAGCGCCAUCCCCACGCUAGUAGCCUCGAGCGGCGGCCCAGCGGCGCCCGGGCUUGUGGGUAUGGGCGGCGCUGCCGUAGCAGUGCCGGACGGUGCAGCGCGUGGCGGCGACGGCGACGGCGGUCGGGCCGCCGGGGGCAGCCCUGCCGCGGCUACCGCAGCGCCAGCAGCCGGGCCCGCUCAGUCUCACGCCGCGCAUGGCAACCCGUACGGCCGGUCUGCAGCGGCAACGGCAGCGCUGGCUGGUGGCGCCAUCGUCACGGCUCCGGCUGCGGCUGCGGCUGCAGCCGCGGUGAUGGGGGCGCGCGGUGCGGCCGCGGUGAUGGGGGCGCGCGGUGCGGCCGCGGCGGCAGCCGCCGCGGCGUCGCAGAGUGCACCCGCUGACUGCUCCAGCUCUCAUUACGCCGCCGACUGCUCCAUGGGCGGCUGUUUGGACGACUCGAGCCUCACCUGCAACACCGCGCAGACCUUUGCAGACGCGGCACAGGUGUGCAAGGCACUGGAUGGCUCCAGCUACAACAUCCUGCCACCAUCCUCGCUGCCGCCACCACCCACCGCCUCAGCUGCGGCCGCGGCCUCCGCAGCUCCGCAUUUCGACUUGCACCACCAUCACCACAACAGCCGCGCCACGAGCCAUCACGCGCGUGGCCUCUCGGCGGACCCUUCGUGCCCGUCCGCUUCCGGUGCCGCCGGGCACGGCAGUGCGGUUGCAACCUCGUCCGCAAGCCCCACAGUCACCCCAAUCACGGGCGAAAAGACAUCGCCGUCUGCGUCGAGCUCCUUGUCGACUGCCACGCCCGCAAAUUGCUUCACGACCGUGAGCGGUGGCAACUCGGCGAGCAAUGCGCCUGGCGUCAACCCGGCUGAAGGUGACUUGGGCGCUACCCGUGCGUUUGGGCUGCGCCUGCAGCAGCCGCGGCAGCAACGGCCGCAGCAGAGUUUGGCGCAAGGGGAAGCAGCGCUGCCGCAGGAGAGGCAGCAAGCAGCAGCAGCAGCAGCUGGGCGUGGUGCGACGCCGGCCGUCAGGGUUAGGAGGAGCUUGGAUGUUGAGGGCCUGGCGAUGAAAUUUGAUGCGGGCGUGAGCGAGGGCAGCGCCGAGCCUGCCCUUGCGGCCUCCACGCAAGCUGCAGCGGCGGUCACGGAGGACGCUGCGGCGCAGGUGAAGGCACUGGCUGGGGGCAUCGGCGCCGUGGUGAUUGCCAGCCCGGCAGGGGCCGGGCCCUGCAUCGCGCACCGGGAUGCGGCCUUGGACGACGGCGCCGGCAUUUAAGGCCUCUGGUAGGGGCGCUUACCUCAAGGCAGCGGCACCACUGGCGCUCGUGGGAAGCUCGCCAUGCCAAGGGUAUGUAGGUAUAAUAAACGCGCUGGGCUCCAUGUCAGACGAGAUUGCUCGUUUGCAAAGCCGCGGACCUUGGAAUGUAUGGAAGGCGCUUGAUGCGAGGCAUAUGCAUGCAGCGUGCGCGCGCACACCUAUCCGGCCAGUCUCUAUUCAUAUUCUAUUUGUCUGCAUGCCCCGCGCGUAGCGGGCUACCGUGGCAUAAUCCGAAUGCAUGGCAGGUCCUCGACCUAGCUAAAGACGAACGAGCGUCACAAGCGGCCCGCAGGUAGCAACUUGGUUGAGACUUAAUCAUUAUCAAAGGAAAUAGUGCAUGCAUCAUGCCGACCACGCCACGCACAUGCUGCAUUGUGGAUGCUUUGGGGCGCAUAGGAAGGGCAGAGCAGGGCGAAACACAUUCACAGUGCACCAACCUGGUCCAAGCAAGAAGUUCACAUUAGGGAUGAUGCUCAUGGAUAGGGGAUCGCACGUUUUAUGGUUGGAGUGUGUGCCUGUGUGUGUAUUGCGCGAAGCACUGAAUGGCGCACAUGCAUAAUCAUUAAUGGGCUUCAUGGCUCCGUAGGGCCCGAGAUGUUGGCGGCUCGUGGAUACCGCAGCAGCACACCGCAUACGUGUGAGGGCCACGUCAUGGCUCUUGUAAUCUGCGUACGUCAGUGUGAGGGCGAGCCAAGCUUACUCAGUGUCCUUUCAUUAGGGUUCUGAUGACGGGCAUAAAGGGCCACGACACCAUGGUCUGAAGACGCGGUCUUAUGCAGGCUUCGGGUGUCUCGGGCCGUCGAAGCACUGGGUGGCUCCAACUACAAUUCGUGUGUUGGGGAGCGAUUUCCGGUGAUGUGUUACGCAAUAAUAGCUGUGCCACAAAGAAUGGGCCGAGUUGCUGCAGAAGCAUCAAGGCCGAGCACAAUCCAGCGAGCGAUGUGCCUCGUGUGUGCGCAGGGCGGAACCGUCGAAUGCAGUGCAGGCGCUGACGUGUGCCAAGGCCAGGGGCUAGAUUUCAGGUGUUGGUUUGCUUUACUAAGCCCGAAAGUUGGUUGCAGCGACGGCAUGAUAUGUUUGCUGAUGUGGUGUCAGCGUGGGUUGAGUCGGUUACUGCUGUCCAGUAGGCGUGCAUGUUGGCCCUCCGGCCUCGCCCUUGCGUUUGGUGCUAUAUCUGUGUUCAAGCGGAGCAUGCGGUACGCUGCAGUGUGCUUUCUUGUUGCUUUGAUUAUGUAUCAUAUGAUGCUGAGUACGACACAACACCUAGCCGGGACCGUCCUGGACAUCUGGCGGCCAGUGCCGGUAGAAAUGGCUCCAGCCAUCGCUGGUCAGGCGGUUUGGCUAGCCAUCGGCUGCAGAGGCGGCGCAGAAGGUGGCCAUCGAGUGGAGUCAGCCCACGCUUACAGUGGUCGCGGGCACCACUGUGUGGGCAGUGUUUGCGCUAUAGCUAAUCGCUCGUGGUAAGGGGACGGCUGUUGUGCUGGGCGCCCGUGUAAGGGUGUGCGUGCACGGCUUCCUUGCUCUUGUGCUGGAGAGGCCCUGACUGCAGCAAGUGCUCCGGUGCUUUAGCGAGUCAACGUGCAUGUGGCCCUGUGGGGUUAUCAGCAUAAUCUCGUCACGGUAGAGAGGCUAAGGGUGCCGGAGGUUGCUCGCGGCUGCAAGUUCACCUCACGCGUGGGUUUGAUCGUUGACCGCUUAGGUAGCAAUGCCUGUACGGCACUUGCAAUGCCGUGUGCUGUAAGGCAGCAGCGUAAGGCAGCAGCGUGUGGUCCAGGGGAUGGCAACAGCAGCAGCAGCAGCGGCAGGGGGUGAUGAUGUGGGGCGCGGUGUAUGGAGGUGGAAUCCUGUAUAUUUAUCUUGGCGCUUCAUUGCGCCAAGCGAAUCGAGUCGUCGAGUAGGUUCGAAUAUGUGGCUGUGAGAGCCGCCUUACCCCGAUGAGCGCACGUGCUUGAGUGCUGUGCCGCAGUAGGGUGUACUGCAACGGACUCAAAAUCAAAUUGGGGAGCGCCAUGCUGGCUCCUCGCGUAAGUGCACGGUCUUGA